AGGUAAUUUUGUGUCAUGUCGACUGUCGGACGGUUGUGUCGCUGAUAUUAUUUUUUGGGUGUGUGUUUAUGGCGUGAUUAAAUUGUUGAAUUCAAAAUUGUUUGAAUGCUGUGCGACGGGACGGCUUAGUUGAAUGUUUCUGUUGUAUAAAUAGUUAGUGGUAAAAAUGUUACGGUUAGUGUUGGAUACUUUUUGGGACGAAGAUGUUUGGUUGCCGCCGAACACAACUUGGGAGGAUCUUGCACCAGGCCCUGAUAAAGAUGUGGUCUACAAUGAUCACAGGCACUUGUUGUACCCUAUACCAUUGGCUCUAGUCCUCAUAGCCUGUCGGCGGGUGCUGGAAACCUACUGGUUUGCACCCUUUGGAAAGUCAUUAGGUAUUAAGAAUACUAGACCAAAGAAAGCUCCCAACAACCCAAAGUUGGAGGCAGCAUAUCACUCUUCACCAAAAAUUAAACAUAAGCAGUUCUUUUUGAGCAAGGACGAGCUAUGCGGGCUGGCGAAGCAGCUGGACAUGACGGAGCGGCAGGUGGAGCGCUGGUGGCGCCUGCGCCGAAGCCAGGACAAACCCUCCACCCUCGUCAAGUUCUGCGAGAACAUGUGGCGGUGUACCUUCUAUCUGUACAACUUCUCCUAUGGUCUGUUUAUACUGUGGGACAAAAUCUGGCUGUGGGACAUCGAUUACUGCUACAUCGGAUACCCGCAUCAGGGCCUAACCAGCGACAUUUGGUGGUACUACAUGAUAUCGUCAGCGUUCUAUUGGUCAUUAACAAUGUCCCAGUUCUGGGACGUGAAGCGCAAAGAUUUCUGGCAGAUGUUCGUACAUCACAUCGCGACCAUAGCCCUGCUGUCCUUCAGCUGGGUCUGCAACCUCCACCGCAUCGGCACUUUAGUGCUGCUGUUACAUGAUUGUGCUGAUAUCUUUUUAGAGGCAACGAAAGCGGCCAAGUACGCGAACUACCAGAAGUUGUGUGACGUCAUUUUCGCCGUGUUUACGGUGCUAUGGAUCAUGACGCGGCUUGGAUUCUACCCGUUCUAUAUUAUUUGGAGCACAUCAAUCCGCGCGCCGAUGCUGCUGCCGAUGUUCCCAGCGUACUACAUAUUCAACUCGCUGCUCUGUCUACUGCUGGUAUUACACCUGGUGUGGACCUGGCUCAUCCUGCAGGUCGCCUACAAGGCAAUCGCUGCUGGACAGAUGGAAGGAGACAUAAGGAGUUCUAGUUCGGACGUGAGCGACAGUUCGCACCAGUCCAACCACAGCACACCGAACCGCGUUAACAAUAAGAAGGACACAUAGGGUCCGGCCCCACAUCUCAGAGCUAGGCGCGCGGCGCGGGCGCGCACAUGAUCUUCACCUUACAUAGUACACUCACGGUUGUAUUAACUAUUUAUUGCAACUAAACUUAGGUAAAACGGACUCGAAAAAUUCUAGAUUUUGUGAAUUUUACGCCUAGAUUUUGACUAGUAAUUUAGUUAACAAAGAUAUCGAUUUACCACGAGCUUAUUUUGAAUUAUAAUUAAUAUAUAGCUGCCUAAAUAUGUCUUAUCUGCUUGAAUAUUUCUUAAUCUAGUUACUUAAUUACUAGCAACUUGACUAAAUUGCUAAUCUGUGCUAAUAAGACUUCGAACGUAGAGGCUUCUAAUGAAGGGGGUUAGUGCAAGAGAACAAUAAGCGCGGGAGAAAGCGCUUUCCAAUAAUUUUAAAAUAUUCUACAUAUGUUUCUGGUUGACCAAUCAAAACACGCAAAGUGUAAGAAGUGCUGUGAUUGGUGCUUUACUUAUCAAAUAAGACAUCACGUGAUGGCGGUUGUCAUGGCAACAUGCUAUUCGAAAAAUGCGUUCUAAUGUUGGCUCUAAUAAAUAGAUAAUGUUUUUGCCAUGGAAGUUUCAGCCUAAAUAUUUUAUUUACUAUUUUCACUUUAUAUCAUAGUUUUAUUAGAUACUAUUUGAAAUUGCACUUAGCGCAAACUCAAAACUACUUAAAUGAGUCAAAAAUACUUAGAGAGAUUCUACAUAUAAAUUAUUUGUGAAUAAUACCAACAAAUCGCUUUAUCUACUAGUACAAGUACAUAUUUUACCUCUAAGCUUUUCUAAAGGAAUUGCAAAAAAAUUGAGAUUUUUAAAAUAAAUGCGAUUUACUGCCAUUAUUUUGGCGCCAUUGAAAUGGAGAUUGUAGAUGGUAUUUAAAAUAUAAAAUACAUUGGUUACAUAAGUAUAAUCAACGCAUUUAUAUAUUUAAAAAAGAAGCAGAUAUGAAAAUGAUAUUAUUAAUGUUAGAAAUAAAUUACAGUAUUAUUGUGGAUGAAUUUAUGAUGCAUAAAUAUUUCGCGAAUUUUUAUGUCGAUGUUUUUGAGGCGAUUUAUAUGUGCAUCAAAAAUAUAGUUUGCCACUAAAUGAAAAAUGCCUUAGGUCACAAAAUUUUAUGUUCAUUGGGACCACAUAGUUGAAAUUGUUUGGUUGUUACAUUAUAUUGUUAAAAAAUAUAAUACAUAUUACCUACUUGGCUUAGAAAUGGGUUUGCAUUUUGAAAGUACAUAAAAAGCAUUUAUUUAUGGUUAUGAAAAUAUCUUGUUUUUAGUAUAGGUAAAUAAUAAGGUUAACUUUUAUUUUUUGAUUUUAUUAUUUAGGGGGCUUUUUUAAGUGACUUAUGCACGUCAAGUCACGGAUAUCUUGUAUGUGUUUUUUUUAAUAUCUUAAUUUUUUUUAUUGCACAAAUAUUUUAAGAUUUCGAACAAUAUUUGUUUUUUUGCUACUGGUGUCAUUUUACUACAUUUAUGUUUACCAGAAGUGUAAACAAACCUCUUUCUACUUGCGAUCCCUAUUAUAUCCUGCAUAAUUAUAUUAAUUGUUAACUUAGUAUAAUCGUUAUUUUACAAUAUAUAGUGCCUAAUAAUGUGCGAUUGAUAUAAUGCAUGUCACAUUUCGUAAAAUUUACAAACUUGGCUUGAAGGACGAAAAGAAAUAGUAAACUGGAUACGCCGUCCACGGUACUAUACGAUAUCGCUCCCGCCGUAUUGAACUGUGACUAGUCAUCCAUUUCUAGCUAGGUAUGCACAGGCGGCAUGGGUCCCAUGCCGCGUGUGGCGCGAUUUAUACCAAGGGCCUUGUUUGACCAAAAGACGCGAACGCUAUCGACGUGGUUAAACGUCGUACGACUAUUGGUCGAAACCCUCGGUAUAGCGCCGCGGGCGCUGAUGGGGUUAAAUGUUAAAGUUGUCUCACUAAAUUAUAUAAAUAUUAAUUUAUAUAAAUAUCAAUGUUGUCUUGAAUUUUGUACCGGGUGACAGCCCUUAACGCUCCCUAUUGGUCCGACUAAGUAAUUAAUGCCAUUUACGGCAAAUCUACAAUAAGUUACGUCAAAAAAAAAAACGUAGAAACCUAAAAUGGGCCCCAUCUUUAUCACUGGGAAUUGGAAUCACUGUUGGGUCUUUAAUUAGUUUCUCUGUAAGUAUAAAUAAGUUUGUAAAAUCUAUGAAAUGUGAUAUUUCGUGUGAAUGGCUUGUAGCUUAAUAUUCUCGUGGGCUUUAUGAUAAUAAUAAUAUUUUGACACUGUGGUCAUGAUGUGUUUGGUGCGUGCAGUAUGUUUUGUGGUAUGGUCAAAUGAUUGAUAAUUCUAAAUAGUUUAAUAACAAAAUCCAUAUCAUUCAACAUAAUGUACAUUGUGUAAUGCAUAUUUCUCAGAUUAUAGAUAAUAUAUUAAUUUAAUGCUAAGUUUUGUUCGAAUUGGUAAUGGGCGAUUUUUUAACGGAAGGCGAUUGGGGCAACCACCGUUCUACACGCCCUAUCUACGGAGUAAUGAAAAUGUUUUUACUCCACCGACAAGAGCGCAGCUCUUAAAUAAAGAGAGAGAGAGAGAGAGAGAUUUUUUAAAAUUUAACGUUUGAUAUUACUUAAGUGGGGUGUACGUGUGAAAUUUUAUCUAUUUCGUUAUUUUAUUUUAAUAUUUUACAAAAGGUGCUUUUUCACAAAGAAUUCCUCGAUUCCCAAUUCGAACAUAAAUAAAAAAUAACGGAGUGAAAACACCCAAAGAUGCUUGCUGUAGAUUUAAGAAUAUAUUUUAUGUACAGGGGGUUAAAAUGACCACAUUGAAGCAAUUCAUCUAAGAAAGCAUAUUGCAAUUUGACAUUUGCGCAUAUAUAUUUGCGCAAACAAAUGUCAAAUAGCAAUAUUUCUUUCUUAUAUGAAUUGCUUCGAUGUGGCUAUUUUAAACCACAGGUCUCUGAUUCAGAGCCUACUGACAAAUACUGGACAGCUGAUAUUGUAAGUGGCUUUACUUUAAAAUGAGUAAGUACAUUAUUUACACUAAGUAGUAAGGGUCUUAUCUAAAAAACAUGUCUUAAUAAAUUGUCAAUAUUUUCUAUACUUAUGUAUUAUAGUGCACUUAGAUAAAAAUAUCUUACAUAUAAACAAUAAAAAUCUGUGCUUAUCUACUUUUCAAACCCUUGAUAAUGUUACAUUUCAAACUAUCCAGUAUUUGUUAAUAACGAUGUUAUAUUUUGGUAUUUUAUAAAUAUAAGUUGUUGGUUAAGUUCAUCUCAUCACAUUUGAAAUGUUAGAAAAUUCCAUGAAAAUUAUUCCAUUUAACGAUAUGACUUACGUUAAAAUUGUUUAAAUAAUUCUUAGAAUUGAUUAUUAAUAAAAAGAAAUAUUAUUUAUGUUAGAACUUAAUUCGUAAGAUUGUUUCCUAUCAUUUUCGCCGCGGCAAAAUAUUAUUGUUCCUAAUUGUUCCCAAAGUCAUGACACGGAAACAUAUAUGAUAACCUAUUUUCUACCUUAUAGUUUUAACUACUUAAACCCAAAGUACCAAAAUUUAGAAAGGUAAAAACUCAUAAUAUAUAUCACAAAAUCUUUUAAGAUAAUUUUGUGCCUUUUUCUGUGUUUAAAUAAAUAGAAAACACUUAGAACAUAAUUAUUAUAAUACAAUAAUAAUUAAUAUAUAAAAAAGCUAUUUAAAUAUAAGUAGCCUGUCGCGCAUGUUACUAUAACGGUAAAAAAUAUCUAAUAUCAUUUGAUCUCUAGGUAGGUACUUAUUUGUACUUUAUUUUGAAAUGAGAACAAAUUAUUUUUGAACACAAAUAAUUGCUAUAGCGAGUAAAAUAAACGCGCCACCUAUUGGUGCUAAUCGCGCGCCAAAUAAGCGCACUGUCCGCCCGCCCGCUCGCUACCGCUCGCCAUAGUUUUGUUGUUAAUGUUGUUAAUUUGUUUUUCACUGAUUUAUUUUACACUAUUCUUUAUAUUUUAUAGUUUAACUUCUUGAGUAAAUAACUAAACAGUGCAAAGUGUUUUUAUUUGAAGGACGGCUAUAAAACUGGCUGCCCAACGUGUGGCCGAACAUCGAGUGAAAACAUUGUGUGGAACUGUAUUUUCGUUGUUUUUGUGUACGA